AUGGUAGCCUCGCUAAUCAAUGUAGACAUAGCUAAAAGUGCAAGUGUCGGUAGCCAUAAUGAUCAAACCUUUGAAGAGGACAUCAACCUCAAGCAUAUGGAGCUUCUCGUCCACUUGGCCACCGAUAAAGAGCUUCUAAUUCUCACCCACGGCGCUAAAAACGAAGUCUCUCACCCCGAACUAGCCCUCGGCCUCAAAAAAGGCCUAGAGUCACCAUAUCUUAUGUAUCAACUGCUUGCAUUCUCCGCCCGUCAUCUGGCCUUUCUGAAACCCGAGGUUUCGGCCUCUUAUCUACACCAGGCAGUCACUCUGCAAACUCGCGCCGUCUCGAUGUUCAAUGCCGCCUGGACAGAGAUAAACCAGUCCAACUGCGUUGCUAUACUACUAUUCUCAUCAAUCCUGGGUCACCACCUGCUCACUGACACGCUUGCUAAACGAAUACCAGAUGGCCUUGACGAAUUCAUGACCAACUACGUGCAAUUCGUCGAAAUGCAUAGGGGAAUCCAUACGAUUGCUAUGACGGCAAAGCCACAGCUGAUGCAGUCGGAACUUGAACCUAUCCUUUCAUGGAGCACGUCGUUUACAUCGCGCUCACCGAGUGGCGACGACUGCCAAAGAGUCAGUGAGCUGGUGGAUCGCGCGGAAAGUCUAGGACUGGAGGAUAAGAAAGCCUGCCAAGCCGUGAUUAGGUUCCUUCAGGUUGGAUUUGAUGCGGUGUUCUCAGAGGAGGAACAGGGAAACAGAUACCAUAUGCUCUGUACAUGGCCAAUGCUGGGGCCUCCUGAGUUUACGGCUUUAUUGGUAGCUAGAAAGCCUGAGGCUUUGGUGAUACUGGCUUACUAUGCAGCGCUGCUGCAACAUGGGGAACAUCUUUGGCAGAUCGGGGAUGCAGGGGCAUAUAUGAUGAGUAUUAUUUCUGGCUUUCUUGGCUUAGAGUGGGACUAUUGGCUCGAAUACCCAAGGCAUAGCAUACUUCAAAGCCUCCGGUAA